CGGUGCGUCGACACGGCGCACAGGACGUUUCAUACGUCUCCUCAGACGCCGUUUUAAAACCCCCACGCACCUCCGCACGAACACCGACGUUAUUUUCAAACGAAUCCCUUCAGAUAUUCGUAACGUUCCGACGUUCCUACGUUCGCUGUUUCCGCCCGGUCACUUUAGGCGGACGGACCAGCGCAACGAUGGCGGCCGAGGGAGAAGACGCCGGGUUGAAUGUCGCCCCUGUGACCGCGAGGGAAAACGACGCCGAGGCCGGACUGCAGAUCCUGAAAGGUGCAGCCUUCCUUUCCACGGUGGCGUCGGCCGGGAUACUCGCAGGAUUUGGCUCAACACUGGCGCUGGCCAAGAAGAAAAGCCCAGGCUGGUUUAAUAAGGGAAUGUUGCCCACAGCGGCGGUCCCGGAGAGUGGGGCCUCUCUGGCUCUGCGGGCCCUUGGCUGGGGGUCCCUGUACGCCUGGUGUGGGGUGGGCCUGCUCAGCCUCACAGUAUGGAAGGCCCUCGGUGUUCACAAUUUGUCUGAAUUCCGCCAGAAGAUGCAGUCUUUCUUCCCAUCCAUCCCAAAGAACACCCCGGCUGAGAGUGACGCGGCAGCUCUGGACUGGGAAUCUCUGUUCAGGUCCAAGUAGCCCAGCCAGCUCGCCGCCGCCUCGAC